CGCACAGGCUGCCAACUCGGCUACCCAGGUAAACGAGCAACUGGAAAAAAUACUCCAGUUGCUGGAACAUUCAGCGCCUGGCCCGGUUAGCGCAAACCAACAGGUAAGGCGUGGUUUUAGUUCGCCCGCCAUUUCGCCCAACAUAGGGAGAAUCCCCGAUGCCCUCAACGAGGCCGACGGAGACGCGGCUUGGCCAGCCAAUCACACCACAGGAUACGGGGAUUCCCUAUCUUUCCGUGCGGACGGGAUAGACGCGCACGUCAAACAACAGGUGAGGGAAAAAAUCUGGCGUGGCGAGUAUGUCGACCUCGGCACAAUACUACCAAACAACGAGGGAGAUCACGAGGACGGUACGAUUACCAUGGCGUACGACUCCUCAGUAGGCACUCCGAGGUCCGCACAACCCAGGGGUUGCUGUCCUACAUGGAAACCAUACGGACGGCGGCGCUUCGAUUCGGGGGGGAUGCCUGGUCAACCUACGACCAACAAUUCCGACACAGAAUGUCAAGGGACCCCUCACGACGCUGGGACAACAUCGACGGGGAGUUGUGGCUGAAGUACAUGGUAACACAGCCGGUACGACAACCAGAAUCAGGCGGACGGGGCGCAAUGACACGCGUACAGGGGGACAUCGCCAGUCAGGUAUGCUGGGAUUUCAAUAAAUUUGGCUGUAGCAGGGUUAACUGUAAGUACACUCACAAAUGCGGUAAGUGUGGCGAACAUUCCCAUAGCUCUAGGACCUGCUUUCGAGGGAAUGGGGUCCAACCGACCCCAUACAAGCCCAAUCAGCCUUUUCCUAACAGAAAACAACCCCGCAAGGCAGGUAAAUUCAAUAGCCCCUUCCCCCGUGGACCUCAAUGAAAUGGCACCUUGGUUACGCCAAUAUGCUAGGGUCAAUUACAGAGAUGCAAAUUAUUUAUGGGUAGGUUUUAGCUUUGGCUUUAAGCUCGAGUUCCAGGGAAGCCGCAAGGGUCGCCUGGCACGAAACUUGCGAUCAGCCACGCACCAAGACACGGCAGGUUACGUGAAACAAAAACUACAAAAGGAAGUCGACCUUGGCAGGAUGGCGGGCCCCUUCAAGGACACCCCCCUAGACAACCUCCAAGUAUCCCCAAUAGGCCUGGUGCCCAAGAAGCAGCCAGGGUAUGGUCAGCACCUAGGUAAGCAUGCGGAGGAAUUCCGUCUAAUUCACCAUCUAUCCUAUCCCAGGGGUAAAUCUAUAAAUGACUUCAUAGACACAGAGGCCUGCUCCGUUGUGUACGCCAGAUUUGAUGAAGCUACCCAUAUGGUUCAACAACUGGGAAAGGGAGCACUACUAGCAAAAUUCGACAUUCAGUCGGCCUUUAGAAUUAUACCAGUCCACCCAUCCGAUUUCGAGCUGCUAGGCAUCAGAUUCGAAGGUGAGUUCUAUUUCGAUAAAUGCUUACCAUUUGGCUGUUCCAUCUCUUGCGCCAUAUUUGAAACGUUUAGUACCUUCUUGCAAUGGUGCAUGCAAUCGCAUCUUCCAACGCGUCCGAUCAUGCAUUACCUGGACGACUUCCUAACGGGGGGCACAGCAGGCACCAGCCACUGCUCAGACAACCUCAACGGAUGCGUGAAUACACUUGAACAGCUCGGGGUUCCUAUUGCGCACGACAAGACGGUGGGCCCCACAACCAAACUGACAUUCCUAGGGCUGGAAAUCGACACCAUUGCAAUGCAGAUCAGAAUCCCAGAGCCCAAGAUCAAGGAGGCAACAAGGGAAAUCCAUGACAUCCUGCCAACAGGUAACAUCAAGGUCACAAAAAGGGCCCUUCAGUCCCUCAUAGGCAAGCUUAACUUUAUGUGCAGGGCUAUACCAAUGGCAAGGGCAUUCAGCCGCAGGCUAAUCGAUCUGCUUAGCAAAGGUAAGCAACCAUUUCACCACAUUAGGAUUACCAGCUGGGUCAAGGAAGACCUACAAAUGUGGUUAACAUUUCUUACAAGUUACAACGGCAUUUCAGUGUUUCAGGACCAACUAUGGGUGGACAGCGAUUUCCUCCAGCUGUUUUCAGACGCAGCGGGCGGCGCCGGCUUUGGGGCCUACAUGCAGGGCAAAUGGUUUAACGGCGCAUGGCCAACCCAGUGGGUGACGGAUGGAACUACACGGGACUUGACGCUCCUGGAGCUGUUCCCCAUCACACUGGCCAUCCAAAUCUGGGGCAAGCAACUCGCAAACAAAAAGGUCCUCUUUUACUGCGACAACCAAGCCGUCGUAACAAUAAUCAACAAGCAGUCAACCAAGGCCCCCAGAGUGAUGAGCCUACUCCGUCGCCUAAUCCUGCAGUGCCUCCGAUAUAAUAUUAUGUUUAAGGCAAAGUAUGUAUGUUCCACUGCUAACACUAUUGCCGAUGCUCUCUCGAGGUUUCAGCUCAAACGCUUCCGAGAGGCAGCACCAGCCGCGGACCAGAACCCCACACCUAUCCCGUGCAACAUAUGGCUGAUCUGAGGCAGGAAGCCGGCAGACUCCUACAACAAUCUCUGUCUACUAAUACAUGGGCCACUUACCAAACAGGCAUCAAUGCCUUGCACCAGUUCCGGUCCGCACACCAGCUACAAGAAGUGUGGCCAGUCCCGCUGGAUCAGGUCGUAAACUUUAUUGCUUAUCUGUCAGUCACUCACCACUCCCCCAACACAGUCAAGACUUACAUUGCAGCGCUGUCUUCACACCACAAAUUCCACGGGCUCACCGACUGUACAAACCAUUUCCUGGUAGGCAAGAUUGUAACUGGCUUACACAAAUCAGCGGGCCGUCCAGACACCAGAAAACCGAUCACUGCAGAUCUGCUGCAGGUAGUAACCAACAAUCUGCCUCACGUAUGCUCAUCAGCAUAUGAAGCCAGGCUGUUCAAGGCAGUCUACUGCACAGCCUUCUUCGGCUUCUUUAGGGUUAGCGAACUGGUCCAAAUUGGACCCUCAAAAACAGGUUGCGCCAUCCAGAAUCUAAGCUUCUCGGGCAACCCCCAGCAGCUUGCAAUCCAUUUACCACACUCAAAGUCCGAUCAGUACAGGAUGGGGACAACAGUUACAAUGUCACCUAUACCAGGUAACCCGCUAUGUCCGGUAGUCGCCAUCAAGCACUACCUGGAGGCGCGCCCCUCCGGCCCACAACAUGCAUUCGUCCACUUUGACCAUUCCCCCGUUACAAGGUACCAAUUCCAGGCACUCCUAAAAAAGGCCUUAGCACACAGCAACAUAAACACGGCCUGCUAUUCUUCGCACUCCUUCCGCAUUGGGGCAGCCACAUCAGCAGCCAUGAACGGGGUGCCCGAACACCUCAUACAACAAUACGGCAGGUGGAAAUCAGAUUGCUACAAUGCUUACAUACGCCUACCAACAAAUUCAAUGUUGCACAACUAAUUCAAAUAGUCUUUCAUGGUACUUACUACACUUCUUAUUGUUUACAGUUUGGAUGGUGGGAUCCAGCUACAUGGCCAGGGCACGGCAGUACUUGCUCCUGAAGGGCACCAGUCCGAACCAACCGAGGAUGCUAUGGCUGGCACGAGGGGGGAUGAGGUGGAAGGAGCUGGACACCAUUCUGGAUGCACAGGUCAAGGCGACACGGCGCAGCCCCAGAGCCCUCAUCAUUCACCUCGGCUCCAACGACCUGUAGCAGCCAACUCUACCUUGACAUGGUGGCAUCAAUCCUUCGGAUACAACCCCAGCUUCCUGACACCAGGAUCAUCGUAUCCUCAAUGCUGCCCAGGCGCUACUGGCACGAUGCCAGGGACCCACUAAAAAUCGAGGGGAUGCGGAAGAAUACCAACCGCCGACUGGCCAACCGAGUCAAAGAGCUCGGCGGUACAAUGGUGCCACAUCCCCAGAUCCUGGCAUCAGACAAGACAUGGUACGCCUGGGAGGGCGUCCACCUCAGCGACAAAGGACUGUGUGUGUUUACGGACAAUUUAUUGCAUGCCCUGGCGCUCGUUUUGCGCCAGUAAGGAUAUUAUCUCCACAGGUUAGUGUUUCCUUUCAGUACAUAGGCAAGCCGGGCAACAAUGCUAUCUCCGCGUAUCGUGUGGCCGUGGGUGUGGGGUAGCACUCGGGUGCUUUGUGGCGGGGUUCUUGUGGGCUACACUGCUAGUAACAAAUUAACUUGCUUCCAAAUUAAUACUCGUGCUUAAGGCUACCUGCUUUUCAGCGGGAACCUUUCCGGGGUUACCUGCUUCUCAGUGGGAACCUUGU